AAGUUCAGUUUAAUAUUGGACACCGACCUGAGCAGACGUACACUCUGAUGUUUUCUAGUUCCGCAUUAUACACAGACAUGGAUACAUCAAGAUUACCUUUCCCUUUUGACACUGUGAAACGGGACGAGGACAGAGCCUUGUUUGGAGACAGGAAGUUCUCAUUCCACUUUGAAUCCUUAAAGACUGAGUUUGAACACCAAGACGAAGGACACGAUAGUGGAAUUGAUUCUGAGGAUGUGUCCACAAUAUCUCCGGGUAGUACUAGGUCUCAGUCCGCUUUCUCUCCCUGCAGUGUUUCUUCCCUGGAGGAGCAAAGGGAACCUCUAUCCCUUGUCAUCAAGGACGAAUCCAGGAUUUCAACUCCGAAACAUUGGAAGAAAUCUAUCACAAGAAAUUUUCUGGAAGAUGAAAACCAAGAGAAUGGACCCAUUUCUCCGGUUACAUCUCAAACUGCUCAGGUUCUCCUCUCUCUCGGCGGAUCCCGUCUUCUUCCCAUACCCGUUGCUCCAUCCCGUCACAUCUCUCAAGCAAGAAUUGUUCAGCCCUGGAAUACUCCGGGCAUGAUCUUUAAGCGGGAAACUGUAAACUCCGAACCUUCAAGUGUUGAUCAAAUUCAGCUUAGCAGAAGAAUUCUCUCAGAUCCUUCCAACCUUCCAGUCACAUCUUCCUUUCUCCCUUCUUAUCAUAACUAUGUAGAUUUUCCUCAGCAUCCUGCUCCUCUCCAGGAGGUUCAACCCAACCUACAGCUCUCCUCUAGACCUCCAUUUUCUGUAUCAGAUCUUUCUAAACCUUCUAACUCCUGGCAUACACCUGCCUUUGCCCCGGUCCAGAGAUCUUUAGUUUCUCCCAACCUUGAAAAUACUGAAGAAUUAUCUUAUAACUGUCAUGAAUGUAAGAAGAGUUUUUCCACCCAAUCUGGGUUCUCCAAACAUCAACAGCUGCAUUCUUCAAACCAGAUACAAAAAGAUUUCUCGUGUAAAUUUUGUCAGAAGAAUUAUAAUUCUCAAUCUGCUCUUAAGAUGCAUAUCAGAACACACACCCUUCCUUGUAAAUGUGAAGAGUGCGGAAAAUCCUUCUCCAGACCUUGGCUUCUACAAGGACACAUGAGAACUCACACCGGAGAGAAACCAUUUUCCUGUACUCAUUGCUCCAGACAGUUUGCUGAUAAAUCCAACCUGAGAGCACAUCUCCAAACUCACCUGGAGAACAAGAAGUAUUCUUGUCCAGGUUGUCAGAAAUCCUUCAGCAGGAUGAGUUUACUCAACAAGCACACGGAUGCAGGCUGCCUCGGUCUACAGUCUAGAAAUGAAGAAUGUAUUGAAACCUUGAUGGGUCUUUCCACUGGAAGAAUUAGAACCUGAAACUGAAUCUUGAUAUUUCCUCAGAAAAUCUCAACCUUCAUCCUUCCUUUGCCCCAAACACCAAAGAUAUAAAAGACAUCAUGAGCUGAACUAUUUUGCACCAAUUGUAUUUUAUGUAUAUUUAUGUACUUUUAAAACUUAUGUAAACAUUAUGAUUCCACUCUGUUUCUCUCUCUGUAUUACAUUCAGUGUCGAUUAACUAGUUAAACUGUAUAUUUAUAUAUAUAUGUAUACACUGCUGAACCAAACACCAGUGGUAUCUAAUCAUUAAAGUGCCAAAAUCUGAAAUAUAUUAUU